UGGGAACGGGAUGGGGGAGACGGAGCCAGAAGGCGAGUGACGGCGGCGAGUGCGUUGAGCUGGCACCGGGAAAUCGCCACCCAACCCACUUCUUCGCACAGGCGGGAGGCAAAGCGUUCUCUUUCUCUCCCGGCUGGUCGCGCAGAAGCGUGCGAAAAUGAAACGGGGGCACCCGGACUACAGCUCCUCCGAUAGCGAGGAGCUGGAUGAACCCAUCGAGGUGGAGAAGGAGAGCGCGGACGAGAAUGGAAACUUGAGCUCUGCUCCAGGGUCAAUGUCUCCAACAACCACUUCCCAGAUCCUGGCUCGUAAAAGACGCCGAGGAAUAAUUGAAAAGCGUCGCCGUGAUCGGAUCAACAACAGCCUAUCUGAGCUAAGGCGUCUGGUGCCUAGUGCCUUUGAAAAGCAGGGUUCAGCUAAAUUGGAGAAGGCAGAAAUCCUACAAAUGACUGUAGAUCAUCUGAAAAUGUUGCAUACAGCAGGAGGAAAAGGCUAUUUUGAUGCCCACGCUCUUGCUAUGGACUACCGGAGCCUAGGUUUUCGAGAGUGCUUGGCUGAAGUAGCCCGCUAUCUUAGCAUUAUUGAGGGUCUGGACAUGUCUGAUCCUCUUCGUGUCCGUCUUGUUUCUCACCUGAAUAACUAUGCCUCUCAACGGGAAGCAGCGAGUAAUUCACACUCAGGGCUUGGACAGAUUCCUUGGGGUGGUGCCUUUGGACAUCAUCCCCAUAUUUCCCAUCCAUUGCUUCUGCCUCAGAAUGGGCAUGCUACUACAAACGGGGCAUCCUCCUCCUCAGAAGGCCACCAUCAGAGCAGAAGUGCUGCUUCUCACACUGAGUCAUCUUCACUGAGAGCACCACCUAAUGGCAGCAUUGGACCAGUGCUUCCUGUGGUCACUUCUGCCUCUAAACUCUCUCCUCCCUUGCUGUCUUCCAUGGCCUCCUUGUCUGCAUUUCCCUUUUCUUUCAGUUCAUUCCAUCUGUUGUCCCCUAAUGCUCUCAGUCCACCUACACCACCACAGUCAGCCAGCCUUGGCAAACCCUACAGUGAAGAAAGGAUGAAUGAACUGCCACAAAAUAAGGAGAAAAUUAAGAAGGGAAAAGUGCUCUUUUGA